CAGGAGGCGGGGGCGGCUGUCCGUGGUGCUGAUGGCAGAGACGCUCUCCAGCUCCACGCUGCCGCUACUGCGCAUGUUGCAUGACAGGUACACGCAAGCCUCCAUCUUGAGCAUUCCGAGCUGAGGCAAAAGGGCAGCAGCCAUAUACGCUGAUUCCAAAAUAAAAACAAGCUGGUUAAAAAAAAAGAGAGAGAGAGAGAGAAAAAAAAGAAAAUAAAUAAAAAAGAAAGAAAUUUGGCAUUUUGCCGAGAUGUAACUUUUCCUUCCAAUAUCCGCUCAACAAUUUGCUUCUCAGAUCCGAGCGGAGAAGAGGAUGGGAAAGGAAAACAGCGACUGGGCUGCAAGCCUCUGAUAGGGAUUUUUUUCAGUCAGCUAUUCUGGAUUUAUAUUUUUGAAUAAGUGACAGCAUCAUCCCCAGACGGCUUCACUCACACCACAAUGGAGAAGACAAAGUUUGCCAUAUUCCUUUUGGUCAUCUUUCUUUGUCUAGAGGGAGGAUCAGCCAAAGACAAAGGAGCCAAGAAGGGAAAAAAGAAAGGAAAGCAGGUUUAUUGUCCAUCAGAGCUGUCAUCUGAGGAUCUGGCUCGAGUCCCAGCAAAUACAACCAGUAACAUCUUGAACAGGUUACUGGUGAGCUACGAUCCCAGAAUAAGGCCCAACUUCAAAGGAAUUCCCGUGGAGGACAGAGUGAACAUUUUCAUCAACAGCUUUGGCUCGAUUCAGGAAACAACCAUGGAUUACAGGGUGAAUAUCUUUCUGCGGCAGCGUUGGAAUGACCCCAGGCUCAAAUUACCACAAGACUUCAAGUCAGAUUCUCUCACUGUUGAUCCCAAGAUGUUCAAAUGUCUCUGGAAGCCUGAUCUAUUCUUCGCUAAUGAGAAGAGUGCAAACUUUCAUGAUGUAACUCAAGAGAAUAUCCUCCUCUUCAUCUUCCGUAACGGAGAUGUCCUCAUCAGUAUGAGGUUGUCUGUUACCCUAUCUUGCCCAUUGGAUCUGACCCUGUUUCCAAUGGAUACGCAGAGAUGUAAAAUGCAACUUGAGAGCUUCGGCUACACAACAGAUGACCUGCAGUUCAUGUGGCAGACAGGGGACCCGGUCCAAAUGGACGCUAUUGCUCUCCCACAGUUUGACAUCAGACAAGAAGACAUUGAUUAUGGGAACUGCACCAAAUUCUAUGAAGGAACAGGGUAUUACACUUGUGUAGAGGUUAUCUUCACCCUACGGAGACAAGUUGGUUUCUACAUGAUGGGUGUUUAUGCCCCAACGCUGCUUAUAGUGGUUCUUUCCUGGCUGUCUUUCUGGAUCAACCCUGAUGCGAGUGCUGCCAGGGUUCCCUUAGGUAUCCUCUCUGUGCUCUCCCUGUCUUCUGAGUGCACCUCCUUAGCUUCAGAGCUGCCAAAAGUGUCCUACGUCAAGGCCAUUGACAUUUGGCUCAUUGCUUGCCUGCUGUUUGGCUUUGCCUCACUGGUGGAGUAUGCUGUGGUUCAAGUGAUGCUCAACAGUCCAAAGCACAUCGAGGCAGAGAAGGCCAGGAUAGCUUCCAAGGAGAAAGCUGCAGGAAAGAGUCCAGGUGUCAGGAACAACACCAUCAACGGGACUGGAGGGACACCUCUUCAUGUCAGCACCUUACACGUGGGUGAGACCCGCUGCAAAAAGGUGUGCACAUCCAAAUCUGACCUGAGGACCAACGAUUUCAGCAUUGUGGGCUCACUCCCACGGGACUUUGAGCUGUCAAACUUUGACUGCUAUGGGAAACCAAUUGACACCGGCUCUGUUCUUGGUAAAUCUCAGGCGAAGAACAAGAAACCGCCUCCUCCGAAGCCAGUGAUCCCAUCCGCUGCCAAAAGAAUUGACUUGUACGCCAGAGCACUGUUCCCUUUCUCCUUCCUCUUCUUUAACGUGAUUUACUGGUCCAUAUACUUGUGAUUACCCAAUACUAUUUUCCCAGUGCUGUAGUUUUAUUAGUUUUUUAUUGAUUGAACUAUAAAAAAGACCUACGUUUGAAAGUGAGCAUUCAGAGAAGUGAACGUUGCCCGUAAAUAAUUACAUCAGUAAAGAAAGUAAAAUAACUAUUUAUACAUUAAUUCCCACUUAAGCUAUUUCUGCAAAAUAUCUAAGAAAUAUAUAGUUUUAUUUUAUCUAGUGUAGGGGAAGCAGAACCUUAUUAUGAGUUACCUCAUGAACUAAAUGUAUGCUUAAAGAACGUUUGCUAGAAUGCAAUGGUUAUGAUUAUAAGUUAGUAAAAAAUUCCCAAGGAAUGAGUAAGAGGAGAGCUGAAUAUGCAAAGAAAAACUGAUGAUGGUUUGCAAAUUGCUAUUUUAUUUAUUUUGCCCUUUCCCUGUUUGUGAAAGCUCAAAAGUUACAUAAGUUUAGGCACUUUAUUUUGGCUUCAUUGCGAAGUGUAAUUACCUAGCAUGUUAUAAAUAGCGCAUGUAAAUAAAGAGAAAACCUAAAAUAUUUAUUAAAAAAAAGAUGUUUUUGAAAUUUAGAAAUUCCUAUGAUUUGUUUGAAGAAGAAUCGUGGAUAUGUGAAGCACUCCUUUUCCUGCCCAGAUGGUCAUGUGACACUGCCACUCCUACAACUAUAACACUUGACUCAUCAUACCUGUAGCCUGUGCAAGAGGGUCACUACUGAGCUGUGAGUGACCAUAUGUUUGUGAGAUUUUCAAGCUCAAAAAGCAAUUUAUUAAAUGACUUUCCACCAUUUGAUGUUACUAAAAAUAAAGACGAGAAACUUGA